AUGACCUUAGGCGACCGGAGGCCGGAAGCGUCGCCCUCGCUUGAAGACGCAGAUCCGACUCAGCGGCGGCGGUAUGCAGUUCUUCAGUGUGGAGACGUGGAGAAGCUGAUCAAGAAACGCGCAACAGCUGAAGAACCAACACUUUAUUAUGUCAGUAUUGAGGAUACUUAUGACAUCAUCAAGAUAGCACAUACUGCAACAGGUCAUGGUGGCCGUGACAGAAUGAAAGCUCAUCUUGCAUCAAACAAUCUCAAUUCUCGGGGCCAGGUUGAUCUGGUAGACAUGCAGUCAUCUCCCCAAGCUCAGUUCAAGUGGAUUAUGGUACACCAGUGCCACUUAACAAAGUUUGUGAUACUUCGACCUCUUACAUCAAAAAGAGUAGCUGAAGUUGCCUUUCAACUGCUCAACAUCUUCUUGCUGUUUGGUGCUCCUGCAAUCUUUCAAAGUGACAAUGGUUCUGAAUUACAGUUCAUGUCAUCACAGAGCUAA